AUGUCGUUCAACAAAGAGAAACCUAGAGUUGGCAUUGUUGGCGCCGGAACUGGAGGCCUGUCUAUGGCCAUUGCUCUCAAGAAGCAGCUCAACUAUGACAACUUCCUGAUAUUUGAAAAAGGAUCAGACAUUGGAGGAACAUGGCGAAACAAUAUCUAUCCGGGCUGCUCAUCCGACGUAGCUGGACACUGGUACUGCCUCUCAUCCGAUCCGAAUCCAAACUGGUCGUCCCAUUUUGUUCUUCAACCUGAGAUUCUCGCCUAUUGGCAAGGUCUCGUCAACAAGUAUGGAUUGCGGAAAUACCUUGUCCUGAAUACAGCCGUUGUGAAUGCUGUAUGGAUCGAUGAUGCCCAACACUAUCGGUUGACGUUGCGUGAUCGGAAGACGGGCGAGGAGCGCGAAGAAGUCGUUGAAGCUCUAGUUAGUGCCUCUGGGGCGCUUGCCGAGCCGCGUUACCCAAGUGACAUUCCGGGGAUGAAGGAUUUCAAAAGCCCGAUGUUCCAUUCUGCACGGUGGCAGAAGGAUGUGGAGCUCUCGAGGAAGACCGUCGGUGUCAUCGGCAAUGCCGCAUCGGCAAUCCAACUUGUUCCAAGAAUAUCAGAAAAUCCGUCUGUCAAAGUCAUCAACUUCUGCAGGACUCCAAACUGGUUCGUGUUCUUUCCGAACUUCAAGUACCCAGCGUGGGUCAAAUGGGCGUUCGCUCACAUCCCUGGCGUCAUGUGGAUAUACCGCGCGUUCGUUUUCUCCAGUUAUGAGGCACUCUACACAAUUUUCCGGAACGAGAAUAAACUGUUACAAGCAAUAGCGCGCAUGGUAUUUACUGUGGAGCUCGAGAAGCGUGCACCUAAGGAAUAUGUCGACAAACUUAUCCCUUCAUACCCGCCAGGGUGUAAACGAGCCAUCUUCGACCCAGGAUACAUUGAAGCUCUACAACGGCCGAACAUCUCACUCAACUGGGACGGAAUUUCCAAGUUCGAACAUGACGGUCUAGUCACAAAGACAGGCGAAAAAAUACCAUUGGAUGUCGUUGUAUUUGCUACUGGCUUCCACUUUACUCGAUUAACAACAGAUGUAACAGGACAAGGAGGGUUGACUUUGCAACAAUACUUCGAUUCCAAGGGUGGACCGACGGCGUAUCUAGGAACGACUAUCCCUAGCUUCCCUAAUUUCUUUAUGAUCUUCGGCCCGAACACCGCAACAGGCCACGCAUCGGUCAUCUUCACCGAAGAAGCCCAAAUCAACUACACCAUCCAACUCCUUGCACCAAUCAUCUCGCGCUCCGCGUCUUCUUUCACUGUCCGAUCCUCGGUUACGGACACUUUCAACGAGCGCCUUCAAAAACGUCUCAAUACUACCGUAUUCGCUGCGUGCGCGUCGUGGUAUCGUGCAGGGUCGGACGGGACGGGGAAGAACGUGGCGAUUUGGCCGGGACCCGUGACAGCGUACUGGUGGAAGGUUCGGAAGGUUAGGUGGAGUGAUUAUGAGGCGAGAGGAGCCGAGAAUUGGAAGAGGGAGAGGAGGAGGAAGAGAAUCUGGCAAGUUCUCGCUUGGAUUGCGGCGGCGGUUCUUCUGGCUGCUGGGACGCAGCCUUCGAUAAGGAACACUGUGCUUGACUUCAUUGCACCUACGUUGGAAAAAGAUGUAUGA